GUCAUGGCGGCUCCCUGCGGCCGCUUCCUGCACAUGGGCUGAGGGGACGCACCGGCAGCUCCUGUGUCUCUGUCGGCGCGGGGGUCGCGACAGCGAGCGAGGCGGUGGGGAGUGGGCAGGUCCGGGGCGGUGGUACCAUGCUGGCCCUAGAGCGUGCCCUGCUGAGGGGCUUUCUCAGCGCGGCGGAAUCCCUGGAGUGGAAGCAGGGCGAAGUCGCGGCCUCAGAAAGUGGAUCAUUAUUGCAGUUGAUGUUUGAUGGGAAAUAUGAGGCAAUCUUUUCAAAUUCAACCAUCUACAGUGUUUUCAAUGUGUCUUCUGUGACGGAGGAGAACAUUGACACUUUUUUGGAGAAACAGAUUCUAGCAUACCUGGACUGUUCUGCGGAGACUGAUAAUGUGGAAAGGCAGAGGCUGAUGUUUCUACUUGGCGUGGGCAGUUUGCAGCUCUUUGUUCAAAGCAAUUGGACUGGUCCUCCUGUUCAGUUAAAUCUUCAGGAUUUUUUGCCACCUUCAUUGUUACAGAAAUUCUGCGAGCCAAAAGCGCUGCAUGCAACUAUUCUGAAGACGCUAGUUCUAGAUGGUGAAUCAAUCUAUACCUUGACUUCUCAUCCUAUUUUGCUGCUUAUAGCCAGGAUAAUCCUUGUGAGUUUAAGACACAAACUUGCAUCUCUCCAGACCUUAUCUUGGUGGACUCUAAGAUGUGUGAAUAUUCACCAGCAGUUGUUAGAGGAGAGAUCACCUGAGCUAUUUACUCUUGCCCAGACCUGUAUAAAACAAGUGACAGAAGCAGAAGCUUUGUUCACAAGUGGUGAAAGCUGGCACUUAGCAGUUCAGUUCCAUCUUGAGUGUGCCUAUACAUUUUUGUUUUACUAUGAGUAUAAAAAAGCUAAACAAUGUUUCAAUAUGGCUAAAGACAUAACAAAACUGCAGAUAAACCUCACAGGUGCUCUGGGGAAGAGAACACGGUUUCAAGAGAAAUAUGUUGCACAGCUUAUUUUGGAUGUCCAAAGAACAGAUGAAUUCAUCCUUCCUCACAGUGAACUAAGUCCUGCUCCAACACCUCUAGAAAGCUUAACAAUAAAUUGUGAUUUAAAUGAUGACACAGUGCUUAAUGAGAUAAAAUUAGCAGAUGCUGAUCAGUACCAGAUACCUGAUUUGUGUGCAGAAGAGCUUGCUGUAAUCCUUGGAAUAUGUAUAGACUUCCAGAAGAACAAUCCAAUACACAAAUUAACUGAAGAAGAACUUUUGGCUUUUACUUCAUGCUUGCUCUCUCAGCCAAAGUUCUGGGCCAUUCAGACAUCAGCCUUGCUCCUUCGGACCAAACUUGAGAAAGGAAGUACUCGCAGAAUGGAGCGGGCAAUGAAGCAAACUCAGGCACUUGCAGACCAGUUUGAAAAUGCGAGUACAUCGGCAUCUGAACGCAUGAAGGUUUUCUACUGUUGUCAGGUGCCUCCACGUUGGGCCAUACAGCGUCAGCUUGCAAGUUUACUCUUUGACCUGGGAUGCACCAGCUCUGCCUUACAAAUAUUUGAGGAACUGGAAAUGUGGGAAGAUACAGUAAUCUGCUAUGAAAGAGCAGGACAACAUGGAAAGGCAGAAGAAAUACUCAGGCGGGAGUUAGAGAAAAAGGAAACACCAGGAUUAUAUUGUUUGCUUGGUGAUGUUCUUAAAGACCACCAGUAUUACGACAAGGCCUGGGAGCUCUCCAGGCACCGCAGCGCCCGCGCCCAGCGUUCCAAAGGCCUCCUUCAUCUCCGAAACAGGGAAUUCAGGGAAUGUGUGGAGUGCUUUGAACGUUCAGUACAGAUUAACCCUAUGCAGCUAGGUGUAUGGUUUUCCUUGGGCUGUGCAUACAUUGCUUUAGAGGGCUACGAAGGUGCUGCCAAAGCAUUUCAGCGCUGCGUGACAUUGGAACCAGAUAAUGCUGAGGCCUGGAACAAUUUAUCAACUGCUUAUAUCAGAUUAAAACAGAAGAUCAAAGCAUUUCGAACCCUCCAAGAAGCUCUCAAGUGCAACUAUGAGCACUGGCAAAUAUGGGAGAACUAUCUUCUCACCAGUACAGAUGUUGGAGAGUUUUCAGAGGCAAUUAAAGCUUAUCACCGGCUCAUGGACUUAAGAGAAAAGUACAAGGAUACACAGGUGCUGGCUAUUCUGGUCAGAGCAGUAGUGGAUGGUGUGGCAGAUCGUGCUGGAGAUGCAGCAAGUGGAUUGAAGGGAAAAUUACAAGAGCUCUUGGGCAGGGUCACUUCACGAGUGACAAAUGAUGGGGCCAUCUGGAGACUUUAUGCCCAACUUUACGGAAAUGGAGAGAAUGAUAAUGGGGAAGAUAUUGAAAAGUCACUGCAGUGUCUCACUAAAGCACAUAAAUGUGAAAUUCAAUCAAGUGAUUGGGAGAAAGAUGUUUCUUCUUUUAAGGAGGUGGUAAAAGGAGCCAUAGAGAUUGCACAUGUGGCUAUAAAAUGCAGUAAGAACAAAUCUAAUCAUCAGGAAGCUUUGCAGAUACUUUCUUCAGCUCGGCUCAACUUACGUGGCUUGUCAUCCAAAGCAAAGCAACUUUUCAUAGACGUAACAAGUAAUGAGGUUCACAGUGAGAUAGCUGAUGAGGUGGCAGCUAUGGACAACAUGAUUGCUGAACUUCAGGAACUGAGCAACCAGCUGAGAGACCAGUGCUGACAUAUGGACCAGAUUUCAUGACAGGAGGACAAUAAUGACAUGUUUCUUUUGCCACUGCUUUUGCUGAUGAAAUGGUAGCAGUUCUCAGGCAACAACACUUGCAAUAAACAUUUUUCUGUACAGUGCUGUUGUUGUGGUCAGCUUUCUUCAGAGUUCAGUCUGCCUAAGAUUCUUUCUCAUCUGGCUAUGCUGUCUGACAAAGUUGCGUGUUUUGGUUCCUCAGCCCUAGAUUUUUUGGAAGAGAGCUACUGGUAUUUGUAAGGCAAUUAUGGAGGAUUAGUUCCACCUGCCUGCAUCUCAUCCAGGCACUGGGAUGCCAUGGGAUACCCCACCCAGGUUGCCCUGAGGGAGGAGGGAAGGUGCUGGGCUGGAGGGAUGGAGAAGCAUCCCUCCUCAGCAGAGGUGGGAGCUGAGCUCAGCUUACUGCCCGCUGUGGGCAGGGCUGGGGCCUGAGGUGGCUCGGUAAGUUGUCCCGACACUUUCCAGUUUAAUUUGGUGUUAAUUAAUUACAGGGUGGGAGUGGGGUCCUGAGAGCAAGAAUUUAAUCUUUUUUGUUAUUCUUGUAAUACAGUCAAAGUAGCAGGCUGUUUGUUGCAUUAGGAUUUACAAACAUAUUACUUGAAGCAGUAUUGGUUUAUUCAAAUAUACAUAACUUUUGUUCCAUGA